UGUCCAAGUGAGAAGAGAAUCUGAGAAGAGAAGGGCAAACACUUAAAAAGAGAGAAGAGUUUCCCACAGAGCAUGGCCUCUGCCAAAGAAGUUGGUGUGGAUGAAAGAACGGUGGGCAUUAAAGAAGAGGACUGUGAGCGGCUCACACCAGAGGAUGUGUGUGUGAAGCUGGAGGAUCACGAAGAAAGAAUUUCAGUUUUUAAAGAGGAGGAGGAGGAGUGCAAGGGGGUGACUGCUGCCAUUAAAGCUGAGGAUUUCAAUGAUUUCUCCGUUGGUCUUGAACUUCAAAAGCAUGAAACUGAGAAUUUUUUCAAGCAAGAGGCCUGUGAAAAAUCUCCAUCCAGUUUACAGCCCUGGUCCAAUAAUACAGGACGACUGGAUACGCAGGAGAUUUCUGCAGAGCUGAAAUCAGAGAUAUCGGAGUCUGAAGAGAAAAUCACCAAGGGAAAUGGGAGAGAAGGAGAAGAGUCACCUGGGAGUGUUGGAAUAAAUUUUCAGAAGAAUGGCAGCUUCUCUCCACCUUCAUUUGGUCAGCCCUCUUUUCAAUACAAAGCGAAAGGUAUGAAGAAAUCAGCAAGAGGAUCAGAGGACCUGACAGCAGUCUUAUUACAGUGCAGUUCUCUCCCUGCUACAGGAGUAACACAGACAGAAGCCAUCAAAACUGAUCGACAGCAAGUGGAGAGAGAAAUCCAAAUUCAUACUGGAAAAAAAUCUUUGGAAUGUGGCAAACAAUUCACACACAAAAGUGAUCUUAAGCAUAUGAAGAUUCACAAUGGAGAAAAAACAUAUUGUUGUCAUGAAUGUGGUAAGUCGUUCUCAAGGAUAAGCCAUCUUCAGAGGCACAGAAGAAUCCACACAGGUGAAAAACCUCAUUGUUGUCUAGAAUGUGGCAAGUCCUUCUCAAGGAAAGACAGUCUUCAGGACCACAGAAUAAUCCACACAGGAGAUAAAACUAAUUGUUGUCCAGAUUGUGGCAUGUUGUUGUCAAGGAGAAGCGAUCUUCAUAGACACCGAAGAAUACACACUGGAGAAAAACUUCAUUGCUGUCCAGAAUGUGGUAAGUUGUUCUUGCGUAUAAGUGGUCUUCAGAGACACAGAAGAAUCCACACAGGAGAAAAGCCUCACAAUGAAGUAGCGGCCCUGAAGCACCACAAACUGGUUGAUUCUGAUAGAAAUCUGAAGGUGAAACUCUGUGAGAAACAUCAGAAAAGUCUGGACAUGUUUUGUAAAACUGAUGAGAUGUGUAUCUGCAUGAUGUGUGGAAUGACUGAACAUGAUGGUCAUGAAAAGGUUGAGCAGAAGACAGAAAGAGAAGGAAAACAGAAACAGCUGGGGGCGACACUGAGUGGAAUUAGGAAAAGACUUGAAGAGAAAGAGAAGAAACUGAUCGAGACGAGGAAGACAGCAGAGGAGAUGAAGCUUUCUGUGGAAAGAGUGAUGAGGGAACACAAGAAGAGCUUCACUGAUCUGAUUCACUGCAUUGAGGAAGCCCACAAGAAAUUGACAGAGAGGAUCACAGAACAAGAAAAGAGAGAAAUGGAGAAGGCUGAAGGAGUCAUGAAGCAACUGGAGAAGGAGAUUAAGGAGCUGAAGAAGAGAGAAGCUGAGCUGAAGGAGCUUUCAGAGACCAAGGACCAUCUCCACUUUCUAAAGACUUUCUCACCUUGCUGUGCCCUUCCUGCUGAUGGAGACUCGCUCAGCUUUACUGUCACGGCUGAGUUUUCUUCUGAGGACCUGCUAAAGGAGCUGUCAGGUCUAAAAAAGAAUCUGGAAAAGAUCAUCCAGCAGGACAUCCUGACAAGGACUCCACCAGGUCCUGAAGCUCCAAUCUUCACCCUACAGCCUCCGGAACCUCAGAGCAGAGAGGAGUUUUUACAAUACUUCUGUCCCCUCACACUGGACAUCAACACGGCAAACAGACGCCUCCAUCUGUCUGAAGGGAACAAGAAGGUGACAUCUAAGGGGACAAAAGCCGAAUAUCCUGAUCAUCCUGACAGAUUUGACUGCUGUGUCCAAGUUCUGUGCAGAGAGGCUCUGAUUGGGACUCGCUGUUACUGGGAGGUGGAGUGCAGUGGAGACCUCAUGGUGAUUGGAGUUGCAUAUAAAGGACUGGGCAGGAAAGGAGAUGGCCGGGAGUGCAGCCUUGGAAACAACGACAAGUCCUGGAGUUUGCUGUGUUUUAAUUCCCAGUACUCUGUGUGGCACAAUGACAAGCAGACUGUACUCAGCGCCCCCUACAGCCCCAGAAUAGGUGUGUAUCUGGACUGGCCUGCUGGCUCUCUGUCAUUUUAUAGCGUCUCACACACAAUGACCCUCCUGCACAGGUUCAACACCUCCUUCACUGAGCCCCUCUAUCCAGGGUUUUGGCUUGAUCUUCACUGCAGUGUAACAAUCAGCCAUCUGACACCAUGUGACCACUGACCAGUACCCUCCACCGGUCACUUGAUGUUCCCACAAGCGCAGGUCCUCUUUGUGUUUGUAGCAUGGGGUGAAAUUAAAUUUACAGGAUGGGCGGGUUG